UACUAAAGGUUUUCCUUUAAUGAGUUUUGUCUUACACGAGGUCAAAAUGGUACUACUAAAAAUACCAUCAAUGGUGGGCUCCCAGGUAUCUGACUACUCCCUGAACUCAGCAGAUUCUCUGUACCCUGCCCAGUGAAGAAUAAAUUGCCAAUGUAACAUCAACUUAUAAGAAAAUGGGGGCAAAGUGUUUGUUUAUAUUUAUUCUACAUUUCUCCAUUUGGGCCAUAAAGAGGUUUGCAUAUGUCGGUCCCAUAUUGUAGCCUAUUGAGGUGCUUUGCCAGUGCUCAAACAAUGUUUGUGUCCUUAAACCUAAUGGUCUUAGAGAGUGAGUUGUUGGCAGCUGGAUAGUCAUUGAUGUUGUGCCACAAUAUCUAUACUGUCCCUUUAAGGUAGACAGUCACAAUUUGGGAAUACAUUCAUUAUUCAUUAUGUAUAUAAAGCUGGUAUAUAAAGCUGUGAUACAGAUAAUAAACUGAUACAGGUCUCUCUGCUUUGUCCCACAGGUCUGUCAGUAGCUAAGAAACAUGUGCAGGGAUCAGAGGGGGAGACAUUGGUUUUACCCUGUACUUACCCCAUUAAACAUAGCACCUACCACAUGUGCUGGGGGAAGGGCACCUGCUCAGUGUUCUCUUAUAACAAUAAGAUCAUCUGGACUGACGGUAGUAAAGUGACCUGGAGUACAUCAAAUAGAUAUGGAUUAAAGGGGAACAUUAGACAGGGGGGCAGGGGGUCUCUGACCAUCAACAAACUGACCUUCAAUGACUCAGGAACCUACUGCUGCCGGGUGGAGAUCCCUGGUCCGUUCAAUGACCAAAAGAGAGAGAUACAUUUUCUUGUACAGAAAGACCUAGGGACAGCAGAGAAAUAUGUGAUUGCCUCAGAAGGGGAUACAUUGGUUUUGCCCUGCACUUACUCCAUUCAGGAAGGCAUUUCCGAAAUGUGCUGGGGGAAGUCCAGCUGCUUAGGCUCUUGUUACAAGGUGAUCAUAUGGACUGAUACCAAGGAGAAGACACUGGCAGCAUCAGGCAGAUAUGAAUUAUUGGGGAACCUGGCAGAGGGGGAUGUGUCUCUGACCAUCACUGGGCUGACAUUCAGUGACUCAGGAACCUUCUGCUGUCGGGUGGAGACCCCUGGUGGGGUCAGUUAUGAGAAGAAUCGGAUUCAUGUUACUGUGAGGGAAGGUAGACCCAUGUUUUUCCCAACGUCUGGAUAUAUAAUCAGUGAGGCCACCACCUCCCUACCUGCAGGUGGCUUUGGAGAAGAUCAGACUAUUAAAGUGGUUAAUAUAAUUAGACUCUCCAUUCUUCUAAGCUUUAUCCUCAUAUCGCUAGGAGUUGUGAUACUAAGCAGAUAUAAGACGCAGAAAGACAAAGCAGACACUUCUGUCAUUGAUUUACCAUUGGAUGAUCUAAAAAAUCCCCAGUAUUGAUCAGACUUGGGCAAUGUUCCCUCUAAGCUGUAAACUCAUGCUCGCACACACAAAUUUUGAGGCCAGCGCAGCCAACAAAUUGUGGUGCGCACAAAGAAUUCUAUGUGCAAACACAAAAUUUUGCAAUUAUCCAGACCUGCACACACAAUUUUAAAAAAUGCGGAUACAAGUAUAAAAUGUGUGUACAUGGCCCAGAAGGAAUUAGAGGGAUCAUUAGACUCUGGAUAACACAGCUUUGGAGGAAUAAGGACUUCAGCCAUACUACUGUCUCUGAAUUCAACAUCGGGGUCACUGGCUAUCUCCAUGGAACAACCAGAACCAACAAGAGAAACCAACAAAACUAGUUGUAAUCCUUCAAUAUUUGACAUAUGGAUUUGGUCAAUGUGGACAUGUGUUUUUAGGCUUUUCACAUUCCAUAUGAAGGAAAUUACCAUCAUUACAUGGAGACAAGCAGGAACCCAAAUAUAUGCAUUUCAAAGAAGCAGGUUAGCAAUGGAAUAAUAAUGAGCUCUUUCACUUGGAUGAUCUGGAUAGAAAUCAUUGCAGACAAUGGGACUAUCAUUACCACUUACUAACUACUGGAAAGUGCAUUUAAUCAUCUUUUAUUUCUACCAGUUAAUCUCAGGGUUUUCCCCAUGAACUGGUUCUGGUGUGUGGUUUCCAGACAAUGGGAGAACGAAGAUGCUGCCACAACAUUACAAAUGGCUCAGUACCAGCCUAUCACUGCUCAGUCUCCAAAAUCAUUUACUGACCCUCAUUUACUAAAACUGAUGCAAAUCUGCUCCAGGGUGUAUAUCCACAGCAGUCAAUCAGACAUUUAGGGGCCAAUUCAUGAAAGGUCAAAUUUUAAAGUAAUGGGAGUUUUUUUGAACUCCCAUAACUUC